AUGUCUACCAGACCUCAAGUUGAGUAUGAGAAUAUACAAUCAGGCGAACCAAAAAAGCAGGAAUCGAAGUCUGUGGUUUUGCCCAGGAGACAUCAGUCGUUGAACGAUGUGCCGAGUACGCAGGACGUCGAUAGGGCUUCGAUGGAUUUUGAAAAUUUGGUCGAGUCUGACUUUAAUUUUGAGACUGAUGAUGCGUUUUACGAGCCUGGUGAAGUGCCAGUUGAUGAAAUAGAUACUGCAGUGUCUGCAGCAGCAAGACCCAGGCUGGCUUCGGCAGAUGCUGCUGUUUCAGUUACCAUACCAGGUGUAAAUUUGGAUAAAAAUACUAUUGCAGAGCAUGAUGUUAGCUGUGAAGAUUUACUGGAUUUUGCAGGAAGAAAACCCCCAGGACGUGCACGUGGCGUGGAAUCAGACGAAGUCCGUAUAAUGAACAAAGUUCUAGGAAAAGAAAUGACUCCAGAAGCUUGUCUGGUGUCAUUGGAGCACAUGGACUGGGACGUCCAUCGAGCGAUAAAAUUAGCUCGUUUAAGACUUUUAUUAAACAAUUCAACAAUUGCGACGACUGGUAAUGUUGAAUUGAAGACGGUUAUUGAUAAUUUAAGCAACAAGGACUUGGUGAGUGCUUUGGAUACUGCUAGUUGGGAUAUCACUAAAGCGGCAUGCUGUUUGUAUGAGAAACAUGGGUCGUAG